AUGGUUUCCGGACAACAACAAGAGUUUGGCAUGAGAUAUUUAGUUAUGUUUGUUUGCGACCAGUGCGGAAAAAGAUACAAAACACCUGGCGGUGUAAGGAAGCACGUUGCAGGUCACCUGGAACAGCCACUUACACUUGUGGAGAAUGUGGAAGGUUAUUUCAUUGCCGGAAAGACCAUGAACAACAUAUGCUGCGCCAUGGCGAAGCAAAAACCUUUGUUUGUCAAACAUGUGGAAAAAUCGUUCAAAACCAAGAAUGACUUGGAUAGCCACAGGAGGCGGGAACGUACUGGGCAGACCCAUGAAUGCGAUGUUUGUGGGAAACGAUUCACAUCUUCACGUGAUCUAGAGGAGCAUUCACGGAAACACAGUGGUGACUUCCCUGAAAUAUGUAGUGUAUGUAGCAAGAGAUACCGCCAUAGGGCUAGUCUAAGGAGACAUUUGAAAACACAUUCAAAUUAA